AUGCGAGUAACUUUAGUGGAUAUUGAGAGGGCAAGAGUCAUCAAAGAAGAUGCAACUUUAAAGAAAGAAGGACCGGAAGAACGUAGAGAUGGAGUAUUCUACAUUAACAGAAAAGAAGUGAAGGUAGAACCACUUGAAGAAUUCAAAGUGGAAAGUUUUUCAUCAGAAAUUGUCUAUUAA